UGCAGCAGUGGUUGCUGGGCUGCGGGCGGAGGAACAUCCCGACCACUGGGCAGUCGCGGAAUAUUCUUUUUUUCUUGUUUUCGAGGAUGCAGUGGUCGUAGAAGACAUCAUAACGACUCUUUCCUCGAGAACUGGACGUGGUGCAGAAGAGGCGUCAGAACACCCGAGCCAAGAUGACGAACGCGGCGUCCAAAUUCAUCAGCGACUCUGCUCGUCGCCUGAAUGUGAGCGAGACAACCUUCUCCAGGGGAGGAAUGUCUGUAGUGCUGGCUCUUUAUUUCUAUAAAGUAGUUUAUCCAAAGCUGAAGAUUCUGUACCAGCAGCAGAGUGCCAAGAGGGAGGAAGAAGAGGGUAACACACACAGUGACAAGAGAGGAAAGCGAGGUGUUGGGCCCACAGUAAAUAAAGAGUUUUUCAUUCAGCUCAAAAGACUCAUAAAAAUCAUCAUCCCAGGGCCAUGGUCAAAAUCCGCAGCCCUCCUCUACCUGCACACCCUCACCCUCAUAGCCCGGACUUUCCUCUCCAUCUACGUGGCUCAACUGGAAGGCAGGGUAGUUAAGUACAUUGUUCGUAAAGAUGUGUUCAGAUUUGCACUUAUGAUGACCAAGUGGAUCAGCAUUGCCAUUCCCGCCACACUUGUUAACUCCAUGAUCCGCUUCCUCGAGUCUCAUCUCGCUCUCACUUUCCGCUCACGACUUGUUAGAUACUCUUACGACCUGUACUUCAAAAACCAGUGCUACUACAGGGUAUCAAAUCUCGAUGGUCGGCUGGAAAAUGCUGACCACUGCUUGACAGAAGACAUUAUGGCAUUUACGUCCAGCAUCGCACAUCUCUACUCUCACAUCACGAAGCCCCUACUCGACACACUGCUCAUCACACUGUCCCUUGCAUCCUUGGCCAGGUCAAGGGGAGGAGCCAGUCUGCCAGGUCCAGUGUUAGGAACACUGGUGAUCAUACUGACCGGAAGAAUCCUAAGGAAAGUGUCACCCAAGUUUGGAUCUCUUGUGGCAGAGGAAGCUCACAGGAAAGGCUACCUGAGAGCUAUUCACUCCAGGAUUAUCACAAAUGCUGAAGAGAUUGCUUUCUAUGGGGGACACAAGGUAGAGCUUAACAUCUUGCAAGGGGCAUAUCAGUCACUUGUGAAACAGAUGGGUGUUAUCUUCAACAAGCGACUGUGGUACAUCAUGUUAGAACAAUUCCUCAUGAAGUAUGUUUGGUCUGGAGCAGGAAUGGUCAUGGUAUCCAUACCUCUUCUGACAUCAACCAAAAAUGAAUCUGGUGAAUCAGAUGGAGGAGUGUCAGACAGAACGCAAUAUUUCACCACAGCCAAGAAUAUGUUAGCAUCUGGUGCUGAUGCAAUAGAACGUCUUAUGACAUCAUAUAAGGAAAUUGUAGAGUUGGCAGGAUAUACUGCUCGGGUUGGGAACAUGCUAGAGGUAUUUGAGGAUGUGCAGUGUGGAAGAUAUCAAAGACCAGCUGUGAUGAACAACGGAAACAAACAGCCAGAGAGAGGAAUAGGGGCUAACCUCAUCCUCAAAAAUGGCAUGCCUGUUAUUAAUGGUAUUGUGACAGAGAGCAUAGAUGGCACCAUUCUCAUAGAAGAAGUACCCAUUGUAACACCAAACUGUGAUGUUGUCGUUCCAUCCCUCACUCUUACUGUGACGCCUGGAAUGCAUCUCCUUAUUACUGGCCCUAAUGGCUGUGGAAAGAGCUCGCUGUUCCGUAUUCUUAGUGGUUUGUGGCCUGUGUACAGUGGACACCUUCAGAAGCCAGUCACCUCGGACAUGUUUUACAUUCCACAGAGACCAUACAUGUCAGUGGGCAGCCUGAGGGACCAGGUCAUUUAUCCAGAUUCCUUACAAGACACAAGGAACAAAGGAAUUAGUGAUGAUGACCUUUUAGAAAUCCUAGGCCUGGUCCACCUGCGACAUCUGGUGGCCCGCGAAGGAGGAUGGGACACGGUGCAGGAUUGGAAGGAUGUACUGUCUGGGGGAGAGAAGCAACGAAUGGGUGUUGCCAGACUCUUCUACCACAAGCCUCGAUAUGCUUUGCUGGAUGAGUGCACUAGUGCUGUUAGUAUUGAUGUUGAAGGCCAGAUGUACCAAGCUGCCAAAGACCAUGGAAUCACCCUUCUCACCAUCACUCAUCGUCCUACAUUAUGGAAGUUUCACACUCACUUGCUACAGUUUGAUGGUGAAGGAGGCUGGAAGUUUGACCGUCUUGAUUCAGACAAACGUCUUAACCUAAAGGAUGAAAAACAACACUUGGAGUCCUUAUUGACAGACAUACCCAGCAAGAUGGAAAGAUUGAAGGAACUGUGCAGUAUCCUCGGAGAAGACUCACUGCUGGUUGAAGACAGUGUUGUAACAGAUAUUGGGAGUGACACAGCUUUAUCUGAUUAGAUUAUUAUUUAGUUACUACAGUAUAUAUAUUAU